GCAGGGCUGUCCAAGGCUGAGAACGCCUAAUACAUGGGGAAGCACUUCCUUGAGGUGGAAGAUCUCUCCCUUCACCUUUCCUCUUUUUCCCUGCAGGCUAGUGCCUACUUUUUAUCAGUUUGCACAAUCGCUUAGAUAAACACCGAGGAGGAGAUUCUCUUUAAUUAUCAAAGACACAUCUUUUCAGGGGGCCAACAAAGCGUUUAUUUCACCCGCCAAACUAAAGGAGAGUUAUUCCAGUGUAGAAGGAAGAUGCAAGCGGUUUGGGACCUUGAACAAGGCAAAUAUGGUUUUGCGGUGCAGAGGGGCAGGAUGCCGCCCACCCAGCCAACCCACGGGCAGUUUGCGCUGACCAACGGGGACCCUCUCAACUGCCACUCGUACCUGUCCGGAUAUAUUUCUCUGCUGCUGCGCGCCGAGCCCUAUCCCACGUCCCGCUUCGGCAGCCAGUGCAUGCAGCCCAACAACAUCAUGGGCAUCGAGAACAUUUGCGAACUGGCCGCGCGGAUGCUCUUCAGCGCCGUCGAGUGGGCCCGGAACAUCCCCUUCUUCCCUGACCUGCAGAUCACCGACCAGGUGGCCCUGCUUCGCCUCACCUGGAGCGAGCUGUUCGUGCUGAACGCGGCCCAGUGCUCCAUGCCCCUCCACGUCGCCCCGCUCCUGGCCGCCGCUGGCCUACACGCCUCCCCCAUGUCCGCCGACCGAGUGGUCGCCUUUAUGGACCACAUACGGAUCUUCCAAGAACAAGUGGAGAAGCUUAAAGCGCUGCACGUCGACUCCGCCGAGUAUAGCUGUCUCAAGGCCAUAGUCCUGUUCACCUCAGAUGCCUGUGGUCUCUCUGAUGUAGCCCAUGUGGAAAGCUUGCAGGAAAAGUCCCAGUGUGCUUUGGAAGAAUACGUUAGGAGCCAGUACCCCAACCAGCCAACGCGAUUCGGAAAGCUUUUGCUUCGCCUCCCUUCCCUUCGCACGGUCUCUUCCUCAGUCAUAGAGCAAUUGUUUUUCGUCCGUUUGGUAGGUAAAACCCCCAUCGAAACCCUCAUCCGGGAUAUGUUACUGUCCGGCAGCAGUUUUAACUGGCCGUAUAUGGCAAUUCAAUAAAUAAUAAAGCAAAAUAAGAAGGGGGAGUGAAACAGAGAGAAAGAAAAGGCAAAAGACUGGUUUGUUUGCUUAAAUUCCUUCUGUUAAGAAAGGAUAUAAAAGGAUGUUACAAGUUUGCUAAAAAGAAGAGAGGGGAAGAAUUUAAUGGACUGUGAAUUUCAAAAAAAAAAAAAAGACUGUCAAUGAACUUUUACAGAAUGCAUUAAAAAAAAAAAACUCCUGUGUCGGUCAGAACAACUUGCUACUUAUCAUUUUUGUAUAAAAAGGAAAUUAGUCUUUUUCUUUUUUUGGUAAAUUUUUGAAAAAUAUUGCUAAAAGUGCAUUUAAGGAGAUUGGGAGAAAAUUAGCAGAAUGGAGAAAGUAAGUCUUUUUUUUUUUUUCCAAAUUAUUAAUUGUCCUGUGUCUAUGUACCUCUAGCUGUUCUUUUUUUGUACUUUUCUGGUUCCAAACCAGUUUAUUCUGUGGUUCUAUAAUAAGUUUUGAUAUAAUCUUGGCUUCUUAAAAACUGUGUAUCCUUAAAAUAUAUGUUCUGCAAGAAUUAAAACUGAGUCCAUGAAAAUACCAUAGGAAGACAUAAAACUUUAAAAGGCAACUCAGAGGUGAUGGAAACGCACUUACAAGUGGUGACCAAAAAUUUUAGGUGGAGUUGAGCACUCUCAAUUUGAGAACUGGAGGAACUACACACAAGAGUUAAUUUCCCCUACCCUGCCCCCCCCAAAAAAAGACACCAUGACAAACCUAGCUUUUUAAAAAUAUUUUAAGAAAGAGAAUGAACUGUGGAAUUUAUUGGCAGCCAAGGAAUGUGUCCAAGACACAUGCUGAGGUUUUGAAUAAAAAGUGAACUUUUGUAAUUUGAAUUGGGUCCCGCUUAGUUCUUGAAUUGUUAUGAAAAUCCUAUAUCUGUUUGUAUAUUUGCAAACCCUUUGUAUUAUAAUUGUUGAUAUUUUCCCUUUUUAAAAAAUACCAUUGAAAUCAGCAUGACAAAAUAACACUGUUGGCACUUAUAGGUAACGUGAUUGAUUCAGUAUCUUAGAGUUUACAGUUUGUGUUUUAAAAAAAACUGAAGGUUUUUUUUUUAAGUGCAACAUUUCUGUAUACUGUAAAAGUUAUAAUAACUGAACUGUUUGGUCGAGUCUUUGUGUGUUAUAUUCCAAGGAAAAUUGAAAGUAUUCAGAAAUUAAACUAUUAUUUGAUAUCUGAAA